ACAUACAAACUGUAGGACCUGAUGGCCUGAUGGAGCGAAUUCAAAAUCAGCUGUUCGAUCAGUCACUUGGAUCAGAUUAGGUUAGAAUACGGUACGCGCACGUUGGCAUCGUUCUCCGACCGAAGUUUUAGCCCGAGACUCUGACAGUUAGACUCAGAUUUUAACCGAUAAUGCUAUCGAGGCGACUUACAUUCGUGCUCGGUAAGCAACUGUGCGAGCGUCCGUACUUUCCGGAUAACGCGCUCGCUCAGGCGGCGCGUGGCUACAGCGUGGAUCAUGAGAAACGACAGUACGAAUGGAGAGAGAAGGAGUUCGAUUCGGUGGUACCAAAAGCCGGGGACGACCCGGAGAAGCCCAAGACGUUUUUCUGGUUUCCCACGGCCGCGCCCAAGGCGACCGACUUCUCCUUGGGCAAUAUCGCGAAAUGGUACAAGCACGAGAAGGAGGCGUAUUCCAAGAGCGCCCAGGCGUUCGAUCCACAGAGGCACGAGAUAUUGGGCGCCGAUCUGGCCACCGCUCAUUUCCUCGUCCAUCGCGGCGGCCGGGUCAAGUUCAGGGGUAACGCUCACUGGACGGAACGGGACGACAAGGGUUCAUAUCGGUUACCUAACCACUACGAUAUGGACUACGUUCUUGAGGCGGCAGACGCCAAUGGGUUUGAUCUGUAUUACGAGGGCCUGAGUAACUUCUGCGGCCUCGUGAAGCUCAAGUGGCUCAGUCUCAAAGACUGUAAGAACAUCGACGAUUGGGGCUUGGACAAGAUCUCGGCCGAGUUGCCCGAAUUGGAAUACCUAGACAUCUCCGGCUGCGAGAAGAUCACCGAGAGGGGACUGGAAUCUCUGUACAGAAUGAUCAAUUUGAAGAAGCUGGUCGUAACGAAUCAUCACAAGUCCGUCGCGUUCGAGCUGACUUGCUUCAUGUUGGAGGACUGCAUGCCAGGAUUGGCUUGUGAAAUUCUUGUUCCUGAAGAAAAACCGAAAGACUAAUGCCUAUAAAACAUUAGGAAUAUAAUAGCUUAUAUGAUAUAUAAUUGUAAAGUAUAUUUAUCUUUAUUUACACAGUAUUUAAUUGUUAU